AUGAAACCCGAUCUCGGUGUCGUUCCUCCGGCUGGAACUCUCGGAGAAACAACCACCCAAGGCUUAGACAACUUCGCUCAGAGAGCCGCUGUUUCAAGAAGGAUGUGGUUUCGCAAAGUAGCGUUGUGUAUUGAAUUGAACAUUGGACCUCACACUCCUUCUCACUUGGGAAUAUUCGGAAAUGCCAACGUUGUAGCCAGGUCACUGAGCAAGUGUUGGCUUACGUCUAAAAGACCUGGGCUGAUCAUCACCUCUACCUCGAGGGUCAGCCACGAAGAAAUCGGUUUGGCUACAGUCACAGCUCUUCGCCGAGAAAUCCCAGCUAUUGUCCCCAGUAUCACAUUCCUUUCUGGUGAUAAUCCGUACUGGAUGCAACGAUAUAAAUGA